GUGAGUACAGUAGAAAUCAGUUGUUAGUUCGACACCUUCGAGUAAUCGGGUCUAGCAGUUUUCCAACAAUUGUCGAAACAAUCAGCCUUAACCGUUUUUCUGGCCGGCCUCGCCGACAACAUGUCACUGAUGCCGAAUCUACCGGGAUUCUUACCGCAUCCCAUGCAUUAUUAUUUAUCCUCGUCGGAGCAGAUGAAACAGCAUUAUGCGACGGUGGGCAGCAAUCCCAAUCCGGUGUCCAUGUUCUCCAUAGAUAACAUACUGGCGCCACGACCUUUGAUGCCGGCACGUUCAUCCCCGUCGUAUUAUCCCCAUGGAUUACAUCCGGCAACGGCGUUUCAUCCGGCAGCAGCCAGCGCCGCGGUCGCCGCGCAUUCCGCCGACAUAAUGCAAGCAUACCAAGCCAUGUUUCCAAGCUAUUUCGCUGCUCAUAUGAAUUCAAUGCACGGAUUAAGUAAUGCCACGCAGAAUGGACAAAAGCGAAAGCGACGACAUCGGACAAUUUUUACCGAAGAACAGCUGGAGCAGUUAGAAGAAACAUUUAACAAAACCCAUUAUCCGGAUGUCUUAUUACGCGAAGAGCUGGCUAUGAAAGUUGACCUGAAGGAAGAACGCGUAGAGGUUUGGUUCAAAAAUCGACGAGCCAAAUGGCGCAAACAGAAACGCGAAAUCGAGCAAGAGCACGGACGGAAAACAGCCGCGGUAGCCGACGACGGUCUCUCCUCCAGUGCCGGCACCGUGCACACUACCAGCACGGCAUCCCUGGCGGAUGACCUUUCUAAUCCUAGCUUGUCCGACAGCGACGACGACGAUGCAGCAUCCUGUAAAUAUACCCCACGCCCUGAAGCCGAUCAUAGACGAUCCAGUGAGGUCAUUAAGAUGGAAAAAUGCCCAAAGAGAAUCAAAAAAGAGUUGUAGUGUGUCUUUGCAGAGUUGAAAAAUGGUCUUUGCAUCCAAAAGUUUUACAGAAAUAUUGCAGAUCUCAGUGCACAUUCUUAUUCUGUACUCUCAAGUUUAUAACUCUGUAUUUGUCCGAUGUUUUAUUUUGAAUAUCGCAUUCCUGUGUUGAUUUGUUCCGUUUCGUUAACCGACUUCAUCUUUGUAAUGUUACCAUGUUAUAAAUGUCGAUGUACAGCAAAAUUAUAUUAAAGCGGCU